AUGGCAGAUACAUCGGGAAAUGCGCUGAAGCGUUCUCAUCCGGAGGAUCAAGACCACAACUCCCAGAAAAGGACCCGCUCCAAUAAUGGGUCCCCAGUACCAGGUCAAGGAGUGACUCCCCCGGGCAAGCCAGACAUUGCCAAAAUGGUCGCUGAGGCAAGGGCCAAGGCAGAUGCUGUACGCGCUCGACUACAAGCCGCGCGUGGUGGUGGCGCGACAGCAACACCACCACCAGCACAAGCAGCAGCUCCCGCACCGGCACCCGCAUCCUCUCCUGCGAUGUCGAAGCUCGAACAGAUGAAGGCUAGAGUGGCGGCAGCUACUCAACGAGCUAGCGCGCCCUCUCAGCCACGACCUUCUGCCCCCGCACCAUCCUACCAACCUCCAACCCGCGACGAUGAGGGUAUUAGCAAGGCUCGCGGUGGUCUUGAUGUCGGCCUCCAUCCCGCACUCCUCUCCGAUGCCACAACUGAAUUCCGCAGUGGAAAGGGGAAGCAGGCGAAACCGAAACGCGCCGGCGGACCCCAGCUUGAUCUCUCUGGUCCAUCCGUGGAAGAGAUCAAGAAUAACCCUUACUUUGAUCCAAGUCUCAACCCUAAAGCGACAGUGGCCAAGCCACGUCAAUCUCGGCAGCUUCUCUUUAACGAAAAGGGAAAGUAUAUUCACCAGGCAGCGGCUCUACGCAGACAGGCUCAGCUGGAAGCUAUGAAAAAGAGAAUUGCCGAGAAGGCGCGACAGGCUGGUCUCGAUGAAGAAAUGGACGUGGAGAAGGCAUUCCUUGUUCCUGUUCCACCGGCCGUAGAAUGGUGGGACGAAGGUCUCGUCAACGGCAGCGACUAUUCUGCAAUUGAUGACCCAAAAAAUAUCAAAAUCGAUACCCCCGACUCCAUCAUCACGCCCUAUAUCCAGCACCCUAUCCAGCUUGAACCUCCGCAGGAAAAGCAUAUGCCUGCUCAAAAGCCCAUGUACCUUACUCCGAAGGAGCAAGCCAAGAUUCGCCGCCAGCGACGUGCAGCCGACCUCAAGGAAGAGCAAGCCAAGAUUAGACUAGGUCUUGUGGAAGCACCUGCUCCCAAGGUCAAGAAGUCCAACCUUAUGCGGGUUCUGGGAGAACAAGCUGUUAAAGAUCCCACGGCUGUGGAAGCUCGUGUAAACAGGGAGAUCGCAGAUCGCAAGGAGGCACACGAGCAAGCAAACGAAGACCGCAAGCUGACCAAGGAGGAACGACGGGAAAAACUACUGGCUCAGCAGGAGAAGGACGCUGCUUUGGGUAUCUUCCAAUCUGUGUAUCGCAUUGACAGCUUGGCAAGCGGCCGGAACCGCUUCAAGAUUGGCAAGAACGCAGAGCAGAAUAAUUUGACGGGCAUUUGUGUCAUGCAUCCAAAGCUCAACCUUGUGAUUGUCGAAGGAGGCAAACACUCUAUCCACAACUACCGAAAGCUGAUGUUAAACCGAAUUGAUUGGACUGAAAACCCUGGGUCAGAUCGAGUGUCUGCCGACAGCCCUGAGGCUCAAGUGUCAUGGCUCUCCACAGAGAAUGAGAAGGGAGAGCCCCGCGACUUCAGUCAGAAUACAUGCAAUCUUAUCUGGGAAGGUCAGGCCAAAGGUCGAGCGUUCAAGAGGUGGUUUGGUGCCCGUGUUUGUGAGACCGACUCGGCGGCCAAAGAUGCUCUAUCCAGAGCCAAGAUGGAGAGCUUCUGGACUCUAGCAAAGAGCGCCAAGCCAGCCGAAUUCUAA